CUAAGACAUUCCUCAAACACAAAGAAGUCAAGUCUGGUAAAAAUAUAUCUUAAAAAAUAAAUAAUCAUCUGACUUUUUAUCGACAACAUUUUACUUCCCUUCAUAUUUAUUAUUUAUUUUGUUAUCAAAUCGAUAUUUUGGAGCAAGCGUAGCGUCGGAAGCGAAUCAUGAAACUGGACUCGAAUAAUAAAAUGAUUAAUAGCGAGAGUGGCGCUGACUUAUCUGAAGAAGUUGUGGAUCCGCGACAAAAUGCCGAGGAUAUUAUUGAUGAAAUACUCGCAGAGUUUACCGAGUCGCGGUCUCCCGAAGCUGGGAGGAAUGGGAACGGAAUACCUGAGAAUAUUUUCAAUAUGAUACAACCUCCAAGAACGCGUACUCCAGCAAAUUCAUUCUCUGAGAAUGCCACAAUAGACGAUAUAGACCCCGCAUCGGACCUCGGUACGUCAAUAAGAAACAAGUGCUUGGAACUCGAAGAGAUUCUUCAGAGCCUUAAGUCGCGGCUCAAUCACGUUGUUUUGGACGAAAAUAUCGUGCUCAGCCCAGAGGCUAACUCAAUGGAAGCGCAACUAGAACACGACCUGGACACUGACUGUCAAGAAGAUCUGUCCCUUCAAGAGUUUCUGGAGCUGCUGCACUCGCAAAACAAAAUUAGCCCGACAGGAGUGCAAUGAUUGCUCAAUGACCAAACCAAACCAUCCCCAUAAAUAAACAAACAUACUAAG